GACCCCCAGGUCGCAAGCCUGUUCCAGAUCGUGGGCGAGUUUUUUGACGUGGUGAUGCAGCCAGCGGGCGAGGAGCCGAAGGAAGAAGAUAUCCGGUCGGAGGAUGGGGAUUGUCAGCUUGUUCCAGCUGAGGAACCGGAUGAUGAGGAUUUGGAUGAUGCCGAAUUGGCGGCAGCUUUGGGUGCGAAGCAGGCCAGCAAGGCUUCAUGUCCUAGAGGUUCGGUGGAAUCCUUGCAUACCGGGUUGACCUCGGACCUCGAGAAGGUCAAGAUGACGGAAAGUCCUGGGGUGCAGAUUGUGACUCCUCCAGCUCAUGUGUUGGCGAUGGCAGAGAAACAACAGAAGAUACAGACUCUGAAGUAUCCUGGUGUGUUGGAGCAAGAGAUUGAGAAGAGGAAGAGAUCUUUGCAGUGUGCCGGGCCGUGGAAACAACAGAAGACGGCCCCAGCAGAGCAGGAGACUCAGGUCACGGACUUGUCUCCUGUGGCGAAGUGCCUACAGGACGAGUUUGAUGCAGCUGCAGUGCCGGGGUCGCCGAAGGCUUCAGGUGCAAGUGCAUCGAAGGUUGAUCCGGAUCUUGACGAGUCUGAUCUUUUCAAUGCCCAGCCCACGGAGUUCCUCACACGUGAGUCGCAGUUUGCAGCCAAGGGCAAGCAGGAGCAAGAGGAGGAAGAGGAUGAUGAU